AUGACGCCGCCGCCAGAGUUCUGUCAGCCUCCGAACAAGAAUUUCAAUGUGGCGGUAGUUGGGGGCGGCAUCGCCGGCCUGACCCUCACUCUUCAACUGCUUCAGCACCGGAUACCGACGACCCUCUAUGAAAAAGCACCGAAGUUUGGUGAAAUCGGCGCGGGCGUAUCUUUCGGUCCAAAUGCUCUCAAGGCUAUGUCCCUGAUCUCACCGCACGUACGGCAAGCAUUUGAGAACCAAGCGACACGUAAUGAAUGGGAGGACCACCAGAACAUAUGGUUCGACUUCAGAUACGGCGAAACCUGCGAAGGCAGGCACCAGGAGGGCGAGCUAGUCUACCGCCUGAUGUGUGAAACCGGACAGACGAGCAUCCACCGGGCGCAUUUCUUGGACGAGCUGGUCAAGUUAUUGCCAGAUGGGGUUGCGGAGUUUGGCAAGCAGGCGGUGGGAUACGAAGAUGACGGCGCACGUGUGUUGCUCAAGUUCCGGGAUGGCACCACCGCCAUCCAUGACGCGGUCGUUGCUUGCGAUGGUAUCAAGUCCACGCUGAGGCGCGUGAUGCUCGGCGAUAACAAUCCUGCCUCGAGAGCCGUCUUCUCCGGGAAGUACGCGUACCGUGGCCUCAUCCCCAUGGAGGAUGCGGAGAAACUCUUGGGCGAGGAGCUGGCCAAGAACAGCCAGGUCUACUUCGGACGACACGGGCACAUCCUGACGUUUUCUGUCGCGAAGGGCACGAUAAUGAAUGUGGUUGCUUUCCGCAGCGCGGACGAAUGGAAGUCGGAUGAUUGGGUCGUGUCGGUGAAAAAGGAGGACAUGCUCAAGGAUUUCGAGGGCUGGGGCGAGAAGUCCCAGAAGAUCAUCCAGAUGAUGCAGAAACCCGACGUGUGGGCACUUUUCGACCACCCACCGAGUCCAACCUACCACCAAGGACGAGUCUGCCUGCUAGGCGAUGCCGCUCAUGCCUCAACACCGCAUAAGGGCUCCGGUGCCGGUAUGGCAAUUGAGGACGCGUACGUUCUUGGAAACUUGCUGGGGAUGGUCAGCAGCCCCAAAGAGAUUGAUCUGGCGUUUGCGACGUACAACAAGACGAGAAAGGAGAGGUCGCAGAGGCUUGUAGUCGACAGUCGGGAGCAGGGUAGACUGUAUGAGUUGGAGUUGAAAGAUGACCCUGAAUGGAUCGCGAACAGCUUAUCAACUCGUAUGGACUGGGUGUGGAAGUAUGACUUGACUCAAGAGCUGGAGCGAGGUCGUCAAGAGAUCGAAAAGUACCAAAGGGCUUCAGAGACUAGAGCGCAACUGUAA